GGUUUUUUUCCUUUCUUUUUCUUUUCCAUCAGGCACCAAGUCCGGAGUUUGCAGGGCUCUGAUGUCUGCUCGUGGAUCACUGAUUGACCAGGCUGAAGCCAGCGGGUCCUUUAGAUCCUGAGGGAUAAUAGAGCAGGCAGCAUUUCCACCCAUGCUCUGAGACUCCUCAUAAUUGUCUCAGUGCUGCACGUACCUAUAUGGAAAAUACAAGUGCACUGUCAGGCUUGGGGUUAAUGGUUUCACCUCACGUCUCAGAGGAGCAGAGUCCUAGUGCACCUGUGGAGCCUGAACCAGCUGUACUCCAAGAGGAGCAGAGAAGGGAAGCAAUUUCUUACUCCACCCCUUUCAACCACUGGCACUCACAGGCUUGCCACCUGCUCUUGCUCCUGCCAAAUGGUCAAAGAUGAAAUCUGAUUAGGCUUUGGAGGGCGUGGUUUGCCUCUUGAAAUUCCUUGCCCGUCUUUAGAAAGCUGUGUUGCUUAGAGCACCCAAAAGUGCCCUUUAUCUAACUGAGGGAGGCGCACUUGUCUUCAUAUAUAGAGGCAGGAGCUGGCUUUGGGAAACUCAAACUAGUUCUGCACCAUGAGGAAGAAGCAGCUUAAGACGGAGGCAGCGCCACACUGUGAGCUAAAAUCAUAUUCUAAGAACUCAGCCACUCAGGUAUCCACCAUGGUGCUGGGUCCUGAACAGAAGAUGUCAGAUGACAGUGUUUCUGGAGAUCAUGGGGAGUCUGCCAGUCUUGGUACCAUCAACCCUGCCUAUAGUAAUCCCUCUCUUCCACAGUCCCCUGGGGACUCAGAGGAGUACUUCGCCACUUACUUUAAUGAGAAGAUCUCCAUUCCUGAGGAGGAGUACUCUUGUUUUAGCUUUCGUAAACUCUGGGCUUUCACCGGACCAGGCUUUCUAAUGAGCAUUGCCUACCUGGAUCCAGGAAAUAUUGAAUCCGAUUUGCAGUCUGGAGCAGUGGCUGGAUUUAAGUUGCUCUGGAUCCUUCUGUUGGCCACCCUUGUGGGGCUGCUGCUCCAGCGGCUUGCAGCUAGACUGGGAGUGGUCACUGGGCUGCAUCUUGCUGAAGUAUGUCACCGUCAGUAUCCCAAGGUCCCACGAGUCAUCCUGUGGCUGAUGGUGGAGUUGGCUAUCAUCGGCUCAGAUAUGCAAGAAGUCAUUGGCUCAGCCAUUGCCAUCAAUCUUCUGUCUGUAGGAAGGGUUCCUCUGUGGGGUGGCGUUCUCAUCACCAUUGCAGAUACUUUUGUAUUUCUCUUCUUGGACAAAUAUGGCUUGCGGAAGCUAGAAGCAUUUUUUGGCUUUCUCAUCACUAUUAUGGCCCUAACAUUUGGAUAUGAGUAUGUUACAGUGAAACCCAGCCAGAGCCAGGUACUCAAGGGCAUGUUCGUACCAUCCUGUUCAGGCUGUCGCACUCCACAGAUUGAACAGGCUGUGGGCAUCGUGGGAGCUGUCAUCAUGCCACACAACAUGUACCUGCAUUCUGCCUUAGUCAAGUCUAGACAGGUAAACCGGAACAAUAAGCAGGAAGUUCGAGAAGCCAAUAAGUACUUUUUCAUUGAAUCCUGCAUUGCACUCUUUGUUUCCUUCAUCAUCAAUGUCUUUGUUGUCUCAGUCUUUGCUGAAGCAUUUUUUGGGAAAACCAACGAGCAGGUGGUUGAAGUCUGUACAAAUACCAGCAGUCCUCAUGCUGGCCUCUUUCCUAAAGAUAACUCAACACUGGCUGUGGACAUCUACAAAGGGGGUGUUGUGCUGGGAUGUUACUUUGGGCCUGCUGCACUCUACAUUUGGGCAGUGGGGAUCCUGGCUGCAGGACAGAGCUCCACCAUGACAGGAACCUAUUCUGGCCAGUUUGUCAUGGAGGGAUUCCUGAACCUAAAGUGGUCACGCUUUGCCCGAGUGGUUCUGACGCGCUCUAUUGCCAUUAUCCCCACUCUGCUUGUUGCUGUGUUCCAAGAUGUAGAGCAUCUAACAGGGAUGAAUGACUUUCUGAAUGUUCUACAGAGCUUACAGCUUCCCUUUGCUCUCAUACCUAUCCUCACAUUUACGAGCUUGCGGCCAGUAAUGAGUGACUUUGCCAAUGGACUAGGCUGGCGGAUUGCAGGAGGAAUCUUGGUCCUUAUCAUCUGUUCCAUCAAUAUGUACUUUGUAGUGGUUUAUGUCCGGGACCUAGGGCAUGUGGCAUUAUAUGUGGUGGCUGCUGUGGUCAGCGUGGCUUAUCUGGGCUUUGUGUUCUACUUGGGUUGGCAAUGUCUGAUUGCACUGGGCAUGUCCUUCCUAGACUGUGGGCAUACGGUAAGCAUCUCUAAAGGCCUGCUGACAGAAGAAGCCACCCGUGGCUACACUAAAUAACACUGGAUUAGUCUGUCUUCUGCAGGUAGCCAUCAGAGCCAGUGUGUUUCUAUGGUUUACUGUGUGAACAUAGCCAAAAGUAUGUGCUGUUGCACAGACUGCAUUUAUGACUCAACCAUUGGUUGGAAAAGAAACCGUUUGUUUCAUGUGUGUUUGAAAGAUGGAAUUAUUUUUUUCUUCCUGACCUCCUAACCUUGGAACUGGAUUAGGGUGGGAUCUUUGAAAAGCUGACAUUUGCUGCUAUCAUUCCAACACUAAAUUCUUAAGUAGUUGCCCAAGGGCCAGCUCAGUUUAUCCUUCGGAGAGACAAGGAUAUGCAUGAUUCUUAACCAGGCUAUAUGUUAAAAAAAAAAAAUUGGAAAAUGCAAUACAUUUUUUAUUAUACAAACUACAGAAUGAGUAUGCAAGUUUUAUUUAUCAAAAUGUAAUGGAUUUUUAAAGGCUGAGAAAUUUUCCUUAUAUAUACCUUUUCAAUUAUUUUAAUUAUACCAAAUUCUCAACUAGAAUAGCUUCAUCCAUAUGAAAUAUAAAAUUAAGAGACACCUAGCUCUAUCAGGCUUAGGAUUCUUUGAACUUAUUUCCACUUUAAUUUCUCAGUGGAAGUUAAGAGGGGUGAGAAAACAAAGAAGGGGAAAAACUGACAACUAGCAAAACCAGCACCACAUCGCUAGGUGGUGCUUACUAAUUACCUUCUCAGGAUUUUCCUCAGAUUGAAAAGCUUAUGAGGAUUUCUUGGGAGUCUUAAUAACCUGCUUGUUGGUACAGAGCUUUCCUGAUGAUAUUUACUCUUGAGCACAUAUGGUUGUAAAACCUUAACUUUCCUUCUUCAGGAGGGUGGUGAUAGAAAAAGAUGGUAGUAUUUAUGAACUGAUGUUCUCAUGAAAUGUUGAGGGUGGGGAGAAAAGACUUUAAGGGAGAAGGAGAGCCAUCUCUUUUGUUCCUAAAAGCCACCUCUUACCAGAAUCGUCAUGUUUUUCUGAUGCACCGCUCUGCUUCAUGCCCGAGAUGACUUGUGAGGCAAUCUCAGCAGCUGUGAACUUAACCAUUGCAAAGCACACUGUCUUUCUCAGCAUUCUCCGCAAGUCAGUAGGUGUCAGUAUGGUUGCAAAGUUCACUGUCUCAGCAAGGUUGAACUGGGCUACCUCUCUACAGCUGUUUCCUCAGAGGGAAAAAUCUUGAGACCAGAUGGUGGAGCUCUGGAGUCAGAGGAAAUGGGUGUCUUCAGCACGAAGCUGCUGCUUUUACUUCAGCCACUUCUGACAUUUUUACAUACCGAGCCUGAGAUUGUGUAAUUAUCUUAAAUCAAAUCACUUUGAUGGAGAUAAAUAAUCAAAACUGUUUUAUAGCCGUUGAUUUGGUGAGAACAGUAAUGGAAAAUGGUGUUGAAGGACUUCUCAUUUUUGGAGCUUUCCUUCCAGAGUCCUGGUUGAUUGGUGUUCUCUGUUCAUCUGAGCCCCCAAAAGCAUUAUUACUGAUACUUGCACACAGUCAAAAGCGCAGACUGGAUGGAUGGUCUUUUAUAAGGCAUUUAACGGUACACUACUGUGUUUCACUGACCAUACAUUUUUCUUAGCCCCUCAAGUAAUAUAGCACAGAGUCAUGAAUGACAAUUCCCCUAAUCAUUCCUCUUCAUAUCUGCCUCUUCCCCUUACCAUCGUAAUUCUCCAAACUGGUCAUAAAGGCACUCUGUGAAGAUAUUGGGGACUGACAUCUUAAGCUGUCACCUGGCUGCAGUAGGAAAGGCCAAACUGACAAAAAAAAAAAAAAUUCUUUAUAAAGAUGAUAUGGUAACAUGUGUCUUUGCCCUGGGUCUAGGUGGGUCCAGUCAGUCUCAGAUUUACAAACAUUUAGGAGCCUAGGUAAAAGCUGCUAGUAUUCUUUUAAAAGUUAUGUUUAUGACUUGCAAAGAUGGAAAACUCCUUCCAAUUAAAUGGCAUUUUAUAAUAUUAUGUGUGUACUUCACAGUGUUAAAAAUACCCUUAUACCUUAUUGCAUUUGAUCCUCACAGAGAGAAAGUGCAUUUUAACCAGUACUCUGGGUGCAAUAAAUAAUACGUAGAAAUUUAAGUCCUCCAAUUCCAGCAUAUCCAGUGAGUUUUGGCAGUGUGUUUAUGUGGAAUGUUUAAGGAUAUACAAUUGUACUUUAUAUAAAUUGGUUCUUGUUCUCCUUAAAUGUGAUAUGAAAUAAUUGUGCUGCUACAUUAUACUGGAAAUUAACAGGGGAAAAGGGAAGAGCUCUUGGCUCCCUUGAGGUUCUGCUAGUGGUGUUAGGAGUGGUUACAACUGAGCUUUUAGUAACCAUUUAACCAUAUGUAAACUUGGUUUCUAAUUAAAAAAAAAUUUCUUUUUCCAA